UCAAAGUGUAUUCGUAUUGACUGUGCCCGUGAAAAUGCAGCCAGUGAAACGAGUGCUGUUCAAUUAUUUAGUGAAAUUAAAGUGAAAUAAUAUAAAUCGCGCAUUAAAAUGAAAUUUGCCGAACACUUGAGCGCACAUAUAACACCGGAAUGGCGAAAACAAUACAUAAACUACGAGGAAAUGAAGGCUAUGCUUUAUGCGGCCGUGGAGCAGGCUCCCUCCGCAGAGCUCGUCGAUCCGGAGGUGCUGUCGCGUUACUUUGCCAAAUUCGAUGAGCAAUUUUUCCAUUACUGCGACAAAGAGUUGGCCAAAAUAAAUACUUUCUACUCAGAAAAAAUGGCGGAGGCUACACGCAAAUAUGGCAAUCUCCGUAGUGAGCUUAGCGAGACGCUCGAGAUGGGCACUGUGAAGAAGCAACCGGCUUGGAAGUCCAAGACGCCCUUGGGCAAGAAGAAUGUACCUGCGCGCAAGAUACAGGAUCUCAAAUUGGCAUUUAGUGAAUUUUAUUUGGGUUUGAUUUUGUUGCAAAACUACCAGAAUUUGAAUUUUACGGGCUUUCGCAAGAUACUCAAGAAGCACGAUAAGCUCUUGAAUGUGAGCGAUGGUGUCAAGUGGCGUGAGGAGUAUGUGGAGGCGGCGCAUUUCUAUGUCAACAAGGACAUCGAUCGGCUCAUACAGGAAACGGAGCGCGCCUUCACCAACGACAUUGAGGGCGGCGAUCGACAGAAGGCAAUGAAGCGCUUACGUGUGCCGCCGCUGGCUACUUAUGUCACAUCAAAGGAUAAUCCCUGGUUCUAUUGCUGGAUAGUAGCGGCCAUUGUGUCCUCCUGUUAUGCCUACACGUGGGACAUUAAAAUGGAUUGGGGCCUAUUCGAUGCCAAGGCUGGCGAUAAUCGCUUUUUGCGUGAAGAAAUUGUCUACACGUCGACGUGGUUCUACUAUUUUGGCAUUGUGGAGGACUUGGUGUUGCGCUUCGGUUGGACAGUUUCGAUGAGCCUAAUUGAGGCUGGUUACAUGGAGGGCGAUGUUAUGAUGACCAUACUCAGCCCAUUGGAGGUAUUCCGACGCUUCAUAUGGAACUAUUUUCGCUUGGAGAAUGAGCAUUUGAAUAAUUGUGGCAAAUUUCGUGCUGUACGCGAUAUCUCAGUGGCGCCCAUGGAUUGCUCGGAUCAGACGACAAUUCUCCGCAUGAUGGACGAAGAAGAUGGCGUGGUGAAUCGACGUGGCAAGACCAAAGGUAUGUCGAAGAAGAAGGAGCAACAACGCCUGUUGCUGCUGCAAGGCGAAUCCGUUGAAGAUUUAUGCUCCUAAGUGGCCAAUAACUUUGCUUUGUUUUAUAUAAAAUAGCACAAAUACAAAAUUGAGUGGUUGGUUUGUUGUUUUUAGUUUAGUUGAAUGCCAAUGAAUAUGCCAACUAAAUGUUUUACUAAAUAAAUGUUCGCAUGCAUAUGUAUGUGUGCGAAAAAAAAGGUCCUGGCUUAAGUGACGGAAACGUAAGAACAAAAGCAAAUUUCAUGCUUAACUGCAAGCUCAAUGGUGUAAUUUAUGCCAUUUCUUUCUCUAUGUGAAUGUAGAUUCUUUACUCAUUAAGGCCAGCGAAAUAUAUUGCAGUACUUAGAUAAAAAGCUAAACCGUUUGAAGUUAAAUAUAUUCGCACAUAAACCACAUAUAUUUAUAUUUAUACUUAUUUACGUAUGUAUGUAUUUAUGUACAUUCGUGCGCGACCCUUUUUGCUAAAUAUUUUGUAAUUAAUGCUAAAUAAAUAGAAAUUCAAUCAAAUUAAAAAUUUAAAUACACAUAAGUACUACUUAUAUUUACAUAAAUUACUUUGUAUUUACGUACAGGCGUAUAUCUCUUUAACGGUUUGAUUGCAUUUGCUCUUGUUUCGGCAUAAUGUUUUUUUUUUUCUACGAAAAUACUCUCUAGUCAAAAUAUUUAAUUGUUGUAUCAAAAUAUUUACAUAUGUACAUACAUUCGUAUUUAUGU